UAGAAUAGUCCUGAGUUUGAUUCUCAGCUUCGGUAGGUUAAUGCGACGUCACAAAAACUUAAAUGCCCUCACUGCCCAAUUUUCCAUCUCAAACAUUAACAUAAAAACCGAACAGGACUGCCAGAAUCCUGAAGCAGCAUACCCGAAAAUAGACUUCAACUUAAUAAAUAAAUAAUCAAAGUUGGAAGUAUCGUGCUUUCGCCUUCCCUAUUCGCCCCACAGUCGCAGUGACGCCGUCUCGGCAGUCAGCCGCGAGCCACAGAGGGCACCACACGUCCCUACCACAUCACAUAACCAAUAAACAAAUGAAACCCGCCACCGGACCGGGGCCACGGCUUCAGCACAAAAAGCAAUGCGAUAACUUUGCCAUUUACAAAGACAUACAAAUUGACUCGUUACAAAACUUACAUGGUUCUUAGAUCGCGUGGAGCCCGGUGUCAACAAUGUAGCCAUAGUGACCCGCUGGUGUUGACGGCUUGACACUGAACAACUCAUUUAGAAUCUUUACGAUGUUGUUGAAUUUUAUCGAAAUAUUUUGAUGAGAGUUUUGCUGUCGUUGUGUUUGUUGUGAUGGUGUUGACAAUAAUUUAGCUAGUUGUUUAAGGAGACACUAAGAUGGGGAAUGGUAUGAAUAAGGUGCUGUCGGGGCUGUACGUGGGCAACUACCGCGACUCGAAGGACCCCGUGCAGCUGGACCGGCACCGCAUCACGCACAUCCUGUCCAUACACGACGCGGCAAGGAGGCUGCAUUCUGACAAGCACUACCUGUGCAUCAUGGCGUCGGACUCGCCGGAGCAGAACCUCACGCAGUACUUCUCUCUGUGCAACGACUUCAUCCACGCGGCGCGUCUGCGCGACGGACACGUGCUCAUACACUGCCUGGCGGGCAUGUCGCGCAGCGUGACAGUGGCAGUGGCCUACAUCAUGUCGGUGACUCCGCUGACGUGGCGGGAGGCCCUCAAGGUGGUGAGGGCGGGGCGCGCGGUCGCCAACCCCAACCUCGGCUUCCAGCGGCAGCUUCAGGACUUCGAGACUUACAAGCUGGUCGAGGAGCGUCGUCGUAUAAAAGAGCGGUAUCCGUCCCUGGCUCUAUCAGACCGAGACCUGGCGGAGUGCCGCGUCAUGCUGGCCUCCUACCAGACCAUGCUCAACCAGAAGACCAUCUGCGAGGGCAAGUGCGCCAUGGGACGCCAGUGCCCUACCGGGGUGUGCCGGACGGGUUCGAAGCGGCAACCCCGCACGCGGCGCCCCUCCACAGCCGCCAGCUCUCUCGAGUCCAGCCCCGUGGGAAUGCGCCGCUCCCCGUCCACGCUCUCCACCACCUCUACUGCAUCCGGGUACCGACCGCGGUCCUCGCCAGCUGGGCUCUAUAGCUAUACUGGGGCAACCUCCCGGCCGACGCGCUCAGCAUCAGGCAUGAGCAUGACUCGCAUGACGGACCCCAUCGGCGGCGGCACGGCCAUGGCGGUGGGCGGCACGGAGUACUCCCGCCGCCGCGCCGCCUCCGCCCCCGCCACCCCCGCGCUGUCCCCCGCCACCUCGCCGCCAGGGUCGCCGCAUAGGAAUACCACUCAUAGGAAGGGUGGGUGUGCAUGGAUGAUACCGUCAGUGCAGUGGGACCCUGCCUCCAUGUAGCCCCGUGCCAUGGACCACCAGCGCAGACCAGGCUUUUCAUAGCACCUUGUCACAUUCACCAGAUCACGAGCUGUGCAGCGGUGUUCGUAGCAGGCCAUCAUGGAGCACCCUGCCGAGCCACCGCCAUGCCCCCCGCCUCCCCGUGCCGGCCCCGCGCGCCCCCGCGGCGCCCCAGCGCCCGCCCGGGGCAAAUGUAAAAAUAACCCAUUCUAAUAUUUGCCUCAUAUUGGUCAUUCCCAAAUCUAAACUUGGAACUAACAAAAAAGUUUUUUAAAGUACCUAAAAGGUUACUUUGUAGGUACAAGGUUUAAGACGCGAAAAAUACGCCGAUUUAUAAAAAUUGUUAAUCAUUCCAGUGAGUACGAGAAGUGUGAUUUAAAAUAAUGGAACUGUUUAUUAAUGUUACGGUGAUUUCUUCAGUGGUGUAACUGUACAAAGUUGACGAUGGUUUAAAAGUUAUGUGAGAUAAAGUGACGCUCAUCUGUAAUUAAUGACAAAAACAAGGGAAAUUAAACGAUAGAACCUUCGAUAUUUAAUAAUAAAUUCCUAUUUUAUAGCAACGAAAAUAUGAUGAUCUUAAAAUCCUGAUAAUAUUGAAGUGUCGUGUUAAAGUUCUUAAAGAAAGUUUAGUAAUUGCAUCGAAAAUGAAACUGUGCUAUUUCGAAUAUAAUAUGACAAACUUUGAAUCAUGAGUCGCUGUGUAACAAACAAUACUUCGAGUUAUUCGAUUUAAUUGUUCAGAAAAACUGAAAGUACAACUUUAUAUACUUAUACUUAACUACAAAACCAUAAUUUUAGUGUCACCAGAUUGCUUAUUUAGUUUUUAAGAAAGAAGUCCGAGAGAGUUUGAACGAAAUGAUUAGGAUCUAGGUACCAGUAGCCGGAAGAACUAUAGAGGAACUACUUACCUAGAAACCUAUUUUACUUUAAGGCACAAUGUUAAUAGUUGAGAUAGCAACUAAAUCUUUUGUCAAAUACAAACAAUAUAUGAGACGAAGAGAAAGGUUUCUGUGGGAUCAGCCGUUGUUGAAAUUAUGAGAAUGAGUACCUAUUUAUAUGUAGGACCACAAAAACUGUUUAUGUAGGAAUAGUGUUGGCUUGGGGUUUUGAUAAACGAGUCGUGUGAGGCCGUUUUGGUAGUCGUAAGAAAAUCUGGCUGGUUCAGAUUGGAACAUGCAUGCAUUUAUACCUUUUAAACUAGCAUAGACUUUUAUAAAUUAUUACUAAUAAAAAAAUAAAUGUAAUAAUGUAGAAUCAAAUUAAUUUAAAGUUUGUUUGAGAAUAUUUGAGUCUCAGAUAGUACCCGUAAGUAAAGGUAGAUGACACAAAUUUUCAACGUUUUGGCGCACAAUUACUAGAACUAUUUUUGAAGCACUGUCUGAAGGUUUGGUAAAAGUUAAGGAACGGAAAUAAAACGUAACAAAGAAUAAUUUAACUACAAUUUGAACGGAUUCAAUUAGGUAAUUUGUAUGAUGUUUGUAUUUCUUAACGCUUUCCAAGACAGACAGUAUUAUGUAUGACAUUGACAUAAUUUACCUAUGUACUUUAGUAUGUAAAAGUGACUCUAUUUCGGUAUUUUAUUUUUGCAGUUAGCCUGAAAGUUGAUCUACCUCCACGUAGCACUAGCUGUUGCAGAGGCUAACUGACAACUGAGCUUCUGUCCUAAAUUAUGUAAGAACUUUUACGUUAGUUUAUAAUAGCAAAAUUGCUCAAAUUAACACAUUCCGAUCCUUAAGAUGAAGCCAUGUAGAAACCAAUCAACUUGAGGUUGCUAGCUAUUUUCGCUCAUUCUUAACCUUUCUAUACUGCUGGGCCAAGUUGAUUUAUUCAUCAGCCUCCUUGCACAAACAUGUUUUCAGUUUCAGUCGACGUUGACCCAGAAACUUGAUGACAAAAGAUUCUAACUUUUAAAAUUCCUACUCCAAGACAUGUAUUUAUAAAGGAAAUAAUAUGAACAUUGCAAAGUUAAUUACGCCAUCUAAAUGUAAACCUAUGUUGUAACUAAUUUAUUUUUGUGAAAACUUCAUAUAGUUAAGCAUUAGUCGUUGUAUGAGGAUCUACUUAAACGUUUAUUAUAGGUACCUACUCGUAUCGGUAAUGAAAUGAACUUGGUCUGGCAGUACUAUAUAUUCUCUAGGGUAACAGUUGUGACUUUUUGCAUAUCUUGUCCUUUUCUCAUUGCUAGGGCUUAGCCUUAUUAGGGAUUGUGAUCUAGAUGCCUUGAUAGGGUGGCAUUACUUAGAUUAUAGAAUAACUAGAUUAAAAACCAAAUUCUAAAAUUAAUAAAUAAUAUUUAAGGUAAGCCGCCAGCGCCACUGUAGCUUUGUUACGAUUAAUUUUAUUGACAAUCAAGACUAAUUAUUAAUUUGUAAAUUAAGAAAUACUGUUCGGUCAAACAAAGUUUCAUUUAUAAUUUGGGUAUGUUUUUCAUUAAUAUUAUACCUUAUUCUCGCACAUUUUCAAGAUAUCUUGUUUGAUAAAGCAAAAUAAUGAAAUGCAAUGUACCUACCUAAUUGCAUGUCUAGAAUUGUCUAGUGAUUGUAUCUAAAGAAUAUAGAUUAUGUAAAAUCAGGUGCACUUCCAUGAUAUCAAUAUAAAUAAAUCCAUCAAAACAGACAAUAUUUUAAUAGAUAGUAUAUUAAAAUAAGCACUAUUUUUGUCAUGUUUAAUCAAUAUUUUUGGUAUAAAAAUUAACAUCGUUAAACAUUAAAUUAUAUAAAGAAAAAUAUUAAAAAGCACAUCACUUAUAAAAUCUAUUGCAAUGUGAAGUUAAAUGUUUUAAGAUAAAUAUUUUUACACGUUGCGCACGUACCUAUUCUGUUAAAUUUUGACAUCACUUUAUUGAAAGAUGAGGAAGGUUUUGAAUAUAAAGAUAGCUACAUGUCCGCAGCAAAAAUACAGCAGCGAUUAAUGUAGUGCGAAUUUAUGAGAAGCAAUAUUAUACCUAUUAUUAUGCCUGUGCUGAAAGCUGACAUGUUGUACCUACGAUACGCCAGAGUGAGGUUAAUUAUUACAUAUUGUGAAUACUUUAAUAUAAAACCGUAUUAUUACA